CGUCUGUGAGGUCGGUGUGGUCCUGUCGCCGGUCGGCCUGCUCCGCUAGCCGGUGACCCGCAGGUCCUGUCCCGGGUCUGAGGGCGCUGCGCCCGCUCCCCGCGCACUCCUGGUCUCCCAGAGCCUCGGGACUCCCUGUAGCCGGGGAGCCGCCGCCGCCUGGCCGCUUCCUGCUGACUCCUCUGGGCUCUCUCGGUCUCAGGUGUGGUACAGGAAGAAGGAGUCCAGUCCAGGCAGCUGGGGAACUAGGGUGCCCAUCUUGCACAUCCGUAAGUCACCGGGAAGGAUUUCAACUGCUCUGGCUGGUGUGUGGACCAAACAUUAUUCAUCUGCCUCCAAACUGCCCAGUGCUCUGUUCCCACUCCUGUCCCUUUUCCUGAUGUGGCUUCUUGGGCUCAGAGACGACAUUCCGUUAGACUUCCAGAAGCUGGAGAAGGAAAUGGACUCAGUGGUCUUUGAAGAUGUGGCCAUGGACUUUAGCCAGGAAGAGUGGGCUUUGCUGGAUCUUGCUGAGAGGAAACUCUACAGAGAUGUGAUGGUGGAAACCUUCAGAAACCUGGCCGCAGUAGUCUCCCGAAACCUUAAUGAUGGAGAAAAGUUAUCCAGUGAACCUAUAAUGCUGCAAUAUCUAGAGAAUAAAACCUGGUUGUCUGUGUUAGAAAUCUGUGAAUUACACAGCAAUGUAGAUCACCAUGAAAACCAGGGGAGAUAUUUGAGAAGUCAUACAGUAGAGAACCUCUGUGAAAGUAAUGAGGGCUCUCAGUGUUGGAAAACCUUCAGCUGGAUUCCAGAUCUUACUGGGCUCAAAAGAAAUCUUCCAGAAGUAAAUCCUUUUGAACACUCAGAGUGUGGAAAAGUCUUCAUGGGUCACUCAUAUAACCAUCAUAUCAGAUCUUCCACCAGAUGCAGUGCCUGUCAGUGUAAGGAAUGUGGAGAAUCCUGCAGUUCUUCCUCUCACCUAACUACUCCUUUGAGAAUUCUUCAUAGAGAGAAACCCCAUAAAUGUAAGGACACAGUGAUCUUUGAAGAUGUGGCUGUGGUCUUUAGCCAGGGAGAGUGGGCUUUGCUGGAUCUUGCUCAGAAGAAACUCUACAGAGAUGUGAUGAUGGAAACCUUCAGAAGCCUGGCCGCAAUAGUCUCUCAAAACCUUUAUGAUGGAGAAAGUUUAUCCAGUGAACAUGUAAUGGUGCAAUUCAUGAAGAAUAACACCUGGUCCUCCAUGUUAGGAGAAAUCUUUGAAUCACAUGGCACUAAAGGUCAUAAUAAGCAGGGGAGAUAUUUGAGCAUGUUACCUAUUUUUAAGAGAAGUCAUACAGUAGAGAAUCUCUGUGAGAGUAAUGAAGGAAAUAAGUGUGGGAAAAUCUUCAGCCGGAUGCCAGAUCUUAAUGUACUAAAGAGAACUGCUUCAGAAAUAAAUCCUUUUGAAUGCUGUGAGUCUGGAAAAGCCUUUAUGGAUCACUCAUCACAUAACCCUCGUAAUGUAUCUCAUACUGGAUGCAGUACCUGUCAGUGUAAGGAAUGUGGCGAAGCCUGCAGUUGUCCUUCUCACCUAACCACUCCUAUGAGAACUGUUAAUAGAAAGAAACCACGUAAAUGUAAGGUAUGUGGGAAGGACUUAAUUUGUACGUCAACCCUUCAGAAUCCAGUGACAACACUCACUGGUGAGAAACGCUAUGAAUGUAACGAAUGUGGGAAAUAUUUCUGUAAUUUCUCAUCCUUUUGGACACAUCUGAAAGGUCACAAUCGUGCAUGUGAACAAUAUUGUAAAACCUAUAGUGAUCAAUUUCUCAUUUUACGUAAAAAACUUCAUCACAGAGGUAAGCUUUAUGAAUGUAAAGAUUGUGGGAAAGUCUUUAAAUAUAACUCUUCUCUCACUCAGCAUAUGAAUGUUCACAGUGGAGAGAGGCCUUAUGAAUGUGAGAAAUGUGGGAAAGCCUUUAGACAUUCUGGAUCCCUCAGUACGCAUAUAAAAACUCAUAGUGCAGUGAGGCCUUAUAAAUGUAAGCAAUGUGGGAAAGCCUUUAGUUAUUCCUCAGUCCUCACUACACAUAUGCGAACUCACAGUGGAGAGAGGCCUUAUGAAUGUAAGGAAUGUGGGAAAGCCUUUAGUUAUUACUCAAGCCUCACUUCACAUAAAAAUUCUCACAGUGGAGAGAGGCCUUAUGAAUGUAAGCAGUGUGGGAAAGCUUUUAGUCAUUCCUCAGCCCUCACUACACAUGGAAGAAUUCACAGUGGAGAGAAACCUUAUGAAUGUAAGCAAUGUGGAAAAGUCUUUAGGCAAGCCUCAAACCUCACUACACAUAGAAGAAUUCACAGUGGACAGAAGCCUUAUAAAUGUAAGGAAUGUGGGAAAGCCUUUAGUCAGAGCUCAUCCCUCACUAUGCAUAAAAGAACUCACAGUGGAGAGAAACCUUAUGAAUGUAGGGAAUGUGGGAAAGCCUUUCGUAACUUAUCCAACCUCACUUCACAUAUAAAAUCUCACAGUGGAGAGAGGCCUUAUCAGUGUAAGCAAUGUGGAAAAGUCUUUAGUCAUUCCUCUUCCCUCACUAAACAUAAAAGAACUCACAGUGGAGAGAGGCCUUUUGAAUGUAAGCAAUGUGGGAAAGCCUUUAGUGAUUCCUCAUACCUUACUAAACAUAUAAGAACUCACAGUGGAGAGAGGCCUUAUAAAUGUAAGGAAUGUGGAAAAGCCUUUACUCGUUCCGCACACCUUACUCUUCAUAUAAAGACUCACAGUGGAGAGAGGCCUUAUGAAUGUAAGCAGUGUGGGAAAGCUUUUAGUCAGUUAUCAAACCUCACUUCACAUAUAAAAACUCACAGUGGAGAGAGGCCUUAUGAAUGUAAGGAAUGUGGGAAAGCCUUUAGUCAGUCCUACCACCUCACAUCACAUAUAAGAACUCACAGUGGAGAGAAACCUUACGUAUGUAAGGAAUGUAGAAAGGCCUUUAGUUGUUCCUCAGGCCUCACUAGACAUAUUAGGACUCACAGUGGAGAGAGGCCGUAUGAAUGUAAACAAUGUGGGAAAGCCUUUAGUCGUUCCUCAUCUCUCAAUACGCACAUACGAACUCACAGUGGAGAGAAGCCUUAUGAAUGUAAGGAAUGUGGGAAAGCCUUUAGUCAUUUUUCAUCUCUUUAUGCACAUAUGCGAACUCACAGUGGAGAGAAGGCUUAUGAAGUAAGGAAUGUGGGAAAGCCUUUAGGCAGGCUGCACACCUCAUGCAACAUGUAAGAACUCACAGUGGAGAGACUACUCUGUGUCAAAAGUGAGAUGUUUCAUCCUGCUAUAAUUUCAAAUAAGAAAUUUACAAAAGUUUGUAAUUAAAGAAAAAAGUAUUGAGUAAGAAACAGUAUUAACUCAAGGAAGGGGUAAUUAGAGCUACUUUGUGACUUUGGGAGAAAUGACAUUGUCAUUGUAACUGUGGUGAUGUCCUAAUUAGUGUGUGUUACUUUCUCAAUCCAAGCUAAAUUUUCCCUUUCUGAAAGCCUUUGGCUAGUGCAAAUAAGGCUUCAGGGAAUAGCCUUGAGCAAAUGUGAUUUUAUAUUUUUCAAUGUUUUUAUAUUUGUGAUUUUGCAUAUAAUUAAAUACACACAUUUUACAUUUGGUUUAA